AAGUUGUUUUGAAGCCUCUGGUGUGUAGCAGCGCUCAACCACACACAUUUCUGGAAAACAAUAUCGGUUUUAAACUUACAUUUCUCUAACAAGUAGUCCAGCCGGGGUGUCUUCAUCAUCGAUCAGCUCAUUGCUGUGCCCUUUGGCCAGCGUUUCAAAUGAACAUGUCCCUUGCACAGAGAGUCCUCCUGACGUGGAUCUUCACCCUCAUCUUCCUCAUCAUGCUGGUCCUCAAGUUGGACAGGAAGAUCGACUGGAGCUGGUUCCUCAUUUUCCUUCCCAUCUGGACCUUCGAUCUGAUCCUGCUCCUCAUGCUCAUUGUCAAAAUGGCCGGUCGAUGCAAACCAGGCUUCGAUCCUCGCAAUGGAGCGGAGAACUUGAAGAAGCGCGUUUGGUAUCUCAUCGCCAUGCUGCUAAAACUGGCCUUCUGUCUGACACUCUGUGCCAAAUUAGAAAGCCUAAUGGACAUCAUGGUGAGCUCGGUUUGCAUCCCUUUAUGGGGUUUGCUCAUCGGUGCUAUGGUGGAACUGGGAUUCAACGUUUUUCACUUCAGAAGAGACUGAACACUGGAACGGUAGUUUCUGAAAGCCUGUAUUUUUCAGGAGUUAAAUCGUCUUGAAAGUAGUUUUUAUUCAUGAAAAGGGGAUAUAUAAUGGACAAGAAUGUACAGCUGUGUGAAACUCUUUAACGGGAACUGCUUGUUUCUUUCAGGCACAGGAGGUAAAGCUGAAUAUUCUGCGUUUUGUUGUUGACAGGAAGGCAGGGAGGUUUACGAUUUUUGGCUCAGUGGUGAGUUUACGCUCAGGUGACAGAAAUGACUGAUUGUUGAGCUCGAUAUUUAUUGCGUUUUGGUGAAACAAUCGAAAAUCAAUCGAAAAUGACAGUUGACAUGCUGUUGAUCACACUGUUUGCGUUUGCUUUUUCGUCCUAAAUAGUACUGUAACAAGACAUGGUGUAUUAGCAGGAGAAACGUAUGUUCUAGAAUGAUGGUGUAUAUAUUUACAAAUCUCUCUUCAUCGUAUAUUUAUGUUUUGCGUUGCAGAACUUGCAUAAUAUGUUUACAAUAUUUGUUUUUGUCUUGUACAGAGUGUGUAAAUAUCAUAGUAAUAAUAAUAGUAAUAAAAGAAAUAACAACAUCUUAAUAAUUAAAAGAUGCAUAUUUAUUUUUUAAGAUGACUAUGUUCAAUAUAGCGCACAGGUAUUAUAAAUUUACCAAUGUCUCUAGAAUUAAGCCGUGAUCACAAUAGAGUUUGAGCAUGUGAAAUUGUCAUACGGUUAGGCCUGUCACGAUAUCUAUUUUUUGUUGUUUGAUAUAUUGCACCAAAAUAUAUUGCGAUAAACAAUAUUAUUGUCAUUUAAAGACCAUUUUAAGCCACUCAUUAUAUAGUGCCUGAAUGACAAUAUAAUGUCAUCACAAUGCAAGUACACACUUCCUAAGAACACUUUAACACUUAAAAAUGACUUCAGUCAUUUUAACAAUUGAAUAAUUAGGCAUUGGAAUCAGACUGUGAAAACACAAAUGCCAAGUGAAGUUUUAUAAAGUAUUUCCGAGAGCAGCACAUGAUCUGAUUGAUAACAGCUGCUCUUUUAUCUGCAAUCAUCAAUAAACCAAUCAGAUUAAUCCAAACCUACAAUAAAUAGCACAUUUCACCUUACUUCCCUUAUCUUCACUUUUGAAGAAUCCCCCCCAUCCACCUGUUGUGAAUUUCACUAUGUGGCUCACGGCACCAAAACUGUUGUUAAAUUCAAAGACGAGUCAAAAACCAGGGAGACCUUUCGGGUAUCUUCAAAGCAGAAUCCUUUUAUAAGAAACUCUGUGUCGCUGUGGCAUCAUUGAAAGAACUCUAUCUUAGUGCUGUAGGCACUAGUUUAAACUAAUUUUUACAGACGUUGAUAUAUUGGGGUGGAGAUCUAAACAAAGCAUGCAAAUAAAGUGUUGUUGUCCGAAGGGUAAAUUGCCUUUCCAGCCCCGAUCUCAUCAGCAUAUAAGUACCUGUUCACAAUACAUUUUAAGCAUGAAAAAAAAAGUGUGCAAAGGAUGUUCUGGAGACAGAACCUGUCAGACCAGUUGACUGACUUGAAAGUGUUACUUUGCCAUUUGUUAAACAAUAGACACAGCUGUGCUGUGAAACUGACAGUUUGCAUUACUUUGGAGACAGCCAGUGCUCAGGAAACCAGGAGAUUUUAAGGUCUGUAUAAAAAAGAAUAUAACUUUUCAGUUAUAUAUAGAUUAUUGCUAAUUUGGAACUAGAUUAUAUAAAUUUAUAUUCCCACACACCCCAUCUCCCCCUUUUUCUCCUUUACCAGGGGGAGCUCUCGAGAUCUGAUCUCUGAGCCCCCUUACAUGCUAAAUGACCAGGCGGGAACCCUGGGCUCAAUUAUCUCCAAGCUCAGGGUUUUCUCCCAGGAUAGGAUGCCAAACCUGCUAUUAGUAUCAAGCAGUGAACUCCUGAAAUUUUAACAAAAAAGUAACAGAGGUUGCGAUAUCUGCUACCAUAUUUAUUUUCAAUUUUCAGACACCCACAUGUAAAUAAACUAUGUUGCUAGAAUUUGGUUAUCACCAAAAAUGAAUGAGGUCAUGUCCGUGUGUUUUGCAAUAAGUUGAUAUAUUGAUUAUUGUGACAGGCCCAUAUACAGUACUUUGGAAAUGGGUAAGAUAAAAUGUGACAUUGAAAAAAUGAGUGAAUGCUCCAUAUUUUUACAUUUGUGUACAGAGAGGUCAAUUCGCAGGUCAGAGCUUGAACCAAGCUUGCACUUUGGAAUGCAGGAACUUUCAAAACUUGUCACAUGCAUUUCCUUGCGUGUGAAUGGAAAGCUAUGGGGAGAAAAGAGCAGUAUGACCAUGGCUUUAUGUGGAGAAAAUGUCAAUUCAUCAAGACUCAGAAGAUGUAAAUUUAGAAACUAAUGCUGUCAAAAUAUUAAUCAAAAAUUGUAUUUACAUAACAGAUGUCUGUGCUGUGCAUAUUUGUUAUAAACAGUGUUGGGGAAAGUUACUGUUGAAAGUAAUGCAUUACAAUAUUGAUUUACUCCCCAAAAAAGUAACUAGUUCCUUUACUUAGUUAAUUUUUAUAGAAAGUAAUGUGUUACGUUACUUUUGAGUUAUUCUUCAUACCUGCCUGAGGCUGGUAUCUCUUUCAGAACUUGCAGGGUUUUUGAUUUUUUAAAUAGAGGACCUCUGCAUUUAACGACACUAUAACUUAUAACUACCUAAGACCUUAAUUUACCUUUAAAAAAUUAUUUAAAAAAAAACUGAAUAAUGUUACCUUCUGAAAACGU